UGAUAAGAAAAUGCCGGCAAAAUUGAUUUUGCUUUUUCUGAGUUUUUGUGUGGUUUUCACAGAAAAUGAGGGUUUUAGAUUCCCACAUAUGAAAAAUAGUUAUUUAAAAAGCAACAACAGCAACAGUGGAUACUUUUAUAAAACGUUUUACUUCAAACAAAAGGUAGACCAUUUUGGUUUUAAUAACAAUGAUGAAUUUGAGCAGAGAUACCUGUUAUAUGGAGGGUUUAGGCCGCCACAGGGAGGGGGACCAGUAUUCUUUUACACUGGUAACGAAGGAGAUAUUACUUUGUUUUGUAACAACACAGGAUUCAUGUGGGAGUUGGCCAGAGAACUGAAAGCUAUGGUUAUAUUUGGUGAACACAGAUAUUAUGGACAGUCAUUACCCUAUGGUAAUCAAUCAUUUAAGGACCCUACCAAACUUCAGUAUUUGACAUCAGAACAAGCAUUAGCAGAUUUUGCAGUAUUUAUUGAUUAUUUGAGAUCAGAGUGGUACCCUAGACAGAAGGUACCAGUCAUUGCUUUUGGUGGAUCUUAUGGUGGAAUGUUGUCUGCAUGGUUCAGGAUGAAGUAUCCACACUCAGUACAAGGGGCUUUGGCAGCAUCAGCUCCUAUCUGGCAGUUUACAGAUUUAGUAGAUUGUGGAGCAUUUUUGAAGACAGUCACUAAUACAUUUAAACACCAUAAUCCUACAUGUGCAGAAAACAUCAGGAAUUCAUGGAUGAUUAUCAAUAAAGCUGCGACAACAGAGACAGGAAGAAAAACAAUUACUGACACAUUUAAACUGUGCAAGCCUCUGCAAUCUACAGAAGAUGUUGGUACAUUCAAGGCAUGGUUACAAGAAACCUGGGUUGAUUUAGCUAUGGUUGAUUAUCCAUACCCAUCUAACUUCUUAGAACCAUUACCUGCCUGGCCUAUAAAGGAAGUCUGUUCUUAUUUAUCAAAACCAUUGACAACAGAUGCGUCAUUGUUAUAUUUAGUAUAUGAGGCAGUUAAUAUGUACUAUAACUAUACUGGCAAGGCAUCAUGUCUAGAUAUUAACCAGGAGGCAACACAGGCUUUAGGAACAAUGGGAUGGGACUAUCAGGCUUGUACAGAAAUGGUAAUGCCAACCUGUUCUAAUGGUAAAGAUGACAUGUUUGAGCCUGUAGAAUGGGACUAUGAUGAUUAUGCCAAAGGAUGCCAAAAACAAUGGUCAGUUACACCUAGACCAAUGUGGCCAAUUAUACAGUAUGGAGGAAAAAAUAUAACUACAGCUUCAAACAUAAUAUUUAGUAAUGGUUUAUUAGACCCUUGGUCAUCAGGAGGAGUAACAGAGUCUUUAUCAGCAUCACUUACUGCCAUCGUUAUACCUGAUGGGGCUCAUCACUUAGAUCUCAGAAGUACAAAUAAAAAUGAUCCCAAAGAUGUCACUCAAGCAAGACUGAAGGAAAAGGAGAUUAUUACACAGUGGAUAAAGGAUUUUUAUAAAUAAUUUAUUUUUUAUAUUAUUGAAUUAUUUCUUAGAGCAUAAAGUAUUUUUAUUAAUUUAUAUUAAAAAUUAUAUAUUAUUUUUCUUGGAUUAUUGCAUAUUAACGGGAAAAGGACUAGUCUUAAAAAAAAUUGUUACAUUUUUGUUGGUUAUUAUAUAUGUGCUUGUUGAAUAUUUUUGAUAUUUUAUAGCAAUUAGAAUUUGCUAACCCCAUUGUUUAUUAAGUUUUACUGUAGAAGGCAGAUUGCUUGUCCUUUAAAAUUCAAUAGUUUGCAUUAUUCUGAUGAGGCAGAUCUUACUUGAAAAGUUUGGGAUUUUGAUUAAAUGCUUAUUGAUUCAUAUUAUUUUAUGGUUCUUUUUUGGGUAAUUUUUACCAUAUAGAAAAUAGUGUUGAAAUGAUACAGUAUCUUUUAAAAACAAUCUUUGUUUGAGAAGUUGAAAUAGUAUUUAAAGCGUUUUUCUCUUUUGUAUACAAUAUCAUGAAAUGGCUAAGUUAUUUCAUUAUAGCUACGAUAUUUGUUAACUUUUAUACUAUAGAUGACCUUAAAGUUCAAAAUGACCUUGAAUAAAUCCAUAUUUUUAGAAAUGCUGACAAUUUUCAUUUUUCAAUCCAUGAGUGUAAUUCUAAUGACAAUUUAUUGUGGUGGUAAUUUGAUAUUUGCUUUUCUUUCAGUCUGAACUUGCUAUUUGAGAAUUAUAGCCCUUGUUAUUUUCAUGAUAAUGUGAUUGACAAAAAUUUAGUCCCUCGUCAUGUUUUAAGCACAUUCUGUGCCCUCAGCUGCUAAAUUUGUUGUUAUUUUUAAAACUUUUAUUGAUAUUCGAACUGGUGCUGGAUGAAAUGUAUUUUGCUACUUAUCUUAAUAAACUGUUUUAUCUAAA